AGUGCACUUGGAUCCCAGACAUUUUCCAUCACAGAACAAAUCAAGAGCUCCUCUCCUAUCUCAGAGCAAUACAGACAGCUUAAUAUCAUAUGACCUCAUUUCUUCAAAUUAAAUGAAAGAAGAAUUUUCACUAGCUUUCCAUGAAGCUCAGCUAUUGCCUGUUAAUUUUGACUGUUAGUGCUGGUCUUUCAGCUGGAUUCACAGUGGAAAAUGUAGCUUUUAACAGGACAGUUGCUUUUAGGCCUUUCAAUGCAUCACUUCAUGCAGUGUCUCAAGCUUUAAUAAGUUCUCCAGCACACCAUGAUAUCAUAGCCAAAGAGGGGAGCAGUGUUUUAAUUGAAUGUAAACUGAACAUCAGCCAGUAUGAACAUAUCCUUUGGUAUAACUCCAGAGGACACCUGCUUGAACAGAAAGAUGAAGACGACCGGUGGAGGAUUGCUGAUAAUUCCCUCAACAUCACAAAGGUCAGCUUUGCCGACCGGGGCCGGUACACGUGUGCAGGCGUGAAUCAGAACGAGACCUUGUACUACACAGUCACCCUGAGGGUUAUCUUCACCUCAGGGGACAUGAGCAUCUACUACAUGAUCGUGUGCCUCGUUGCCUUUGCCAUCACCCUCAUUCUGAACAUCACCCGCCUGUGCAUGAUGAGCAGCCACCUCCGCAAGACAGAGAAGGCCAUCAACGAGUUCUUCCGCACGGAAGGGGCCGAGAAGCUGCAGAAAGCUUUCGAGAUAGCCAAGCGCAUCCCCAUCAUCACCUCCGCCAAAACGCUCGAGCUGGCCAAAGUCACUCAGUUCAAGACCAUGGAGUUCGCUCGCUACAUCGAAGAGCUCGCCAGGAGCAUUCCCCUCCCUCCUCUGAUCCUUAACUGCAGGGCCUUCAUGGAGGAGAUCUUCGAGGCCGUGCGGGUGGAGGACCCCGACGAGGUGGGCAGGGAGGAGAAGCAGCCCGGGGGCUGCGGGGCGCCGGCCGCGCUCUUCCCCGGCAGCGCCCCCGUCAAGCGCAGCCACUCCCCGGCCGCAGACUCGGACGACGGCUCCCUGAGCGAGCAGGGCCAGGAGAUCGCCGUGCAGGUGUCCAUCCACCCCCAGAGCCAGGGCCACAGCAUCGACACCGUGUCCCACGGCAGCUGCCACUCUGUGCCUGCUGAGGAGGGCGCCUGCUGAGCCACAGCUCGGGCUCUGUGAGAAAAGGGUCUGCAAACAAGCUGCCUCAUCCCAGGUGCACAAGAGUUUUCCAAGUUGCGAGGUGCCAGAAGUAGUUUGAAGUGUGUAUUUUCUGUCUGUGUUGAUUAAACAAUUCCAGUCU